GUCUUAUCAGUGAAAGUACCGAGAUGAUCAAGAAACCGCUCACGCUUUCAACGUUGAUAAUCUCUAUUGCGCUUAUUCCUGCCUUCAUAUUCUGGGUCGGUCGUCAGGAGAGGCUUGGCAGACCGGCUGUCAUACCUAACUCGUUGUGGCGGAACCGCAUCUUCACCACCAUCUGCGUGGCCGUCUUCUUAACGUGGGGAAUUUUCAACGCCCUCGAGACCUACCUGACACUCUUUUUUCAAGAAGUCCAGCAUGCUUCCCCUUUGGAGACUGCAAUCCGCUUUCUGCCCACCCCCAUUGUAGGCGCUUUGGUCAACAUCUUCAUGGGCGCGUACUCACAUAAAUUCCGCGCCGACUAUACUCUCAUUUUUGGCGCAAUCCUGACUUGUAUCGCGGCCUUGCUAUUCUGCAUGAUCCAGCCUGAAUGGAUUUAUUGGGCUUGCGCAUUCCCUGUGGUGGCCCUCAAUCCCAUUGGUGCCGACACUCUUUUCACCAUCUCUAAUCUCGUCAUAGUAUCGGUUUUCCCGGAGCGUACGCAGGGUCUGGCCGGCGGUGUGUUCAACACUAUCUCGCAACUCGGAAAGAGUGUUGGAUUGGCGACUUCCGGGGUUAUUGCAACCUCUGUUACAGAAGGCAGCGAAUUUCAACAUAAGGAAAGCCCCGAAGCGUUGAUGGAAGGGUACCGCGCGGCUUUGUGGUUCAAUUUCGCAUGUAGUGCUGUGACGGUAAUACUUCUAGGAUGGGGCCUGAGAGGUAUUGGAAAAGUUGGUGCGAAGAGGGACUAA